GAGAUACUGUUACAUGGCGGACCACAAGCUAUGCUGGCGUCGGUUCGUUUAAAAUACUGGCCUUUAAACGGACGAAAUAUCGCACGUAUGAUCGCUCAUCAGUGCGUAAAAUGUUUUAAAUAUCGUCCUAUAGUCAUGCAACCUAUUAUGGGUAACUUGCCAAAGGCGCGUGUCGAACCAUCUAGAGCCUUUUCGAAGGUUGGUGUAGAUUUUUCGGGACCGUUUCACGUAAAGGUAAGUCUACGUCGAAAUGCACCUACGAACAAGGCAUAUGCUUGCAUUUGGGUAUGUUUAGCUACCAAAGCGAUUCACGUGGAACUAGUUGGCGAUCUUACUACGCAAUCAUUUUUAAACGCGUUACAAAGAUUCUGCGAUCGGCGUGGAUUGUGUACCGAUAUUUAUUCGGACAAUGCUACCAAUUUCGUGGGCGCCAAUCGCCGAUUGCAGGAAGUAAAAAAAUUAUUUCUGUCCAAGGAACAUCAAAAUAAAGUUAACGAUGAAAUAGCAAAGCAUGGCAUACAAUGGCACUUUAUCCCGCCCCGUUCCCCACAUUUUGGUGGUUUGUGGGAGGCGGCAGUAAAAUCAUUGAAGUCGCAUUUAUAUAAAACGUUGGGUAACGCAUCACUCACUUUUGAGGAAUUAAAUACGGUUUUGGUACGAAUUGAGGCGAUAUUAAAUUCCCGUCCUUUAACACCUCUUUCCACCGAUCCUUCCGACAUGUCUGUUUUAACACCCGGACAUUUCCUCAUUGGCGAUUCUCUGCGCGCGCUGCCUGACAGGGAUGAAACAGCCACACCUCCAAGUAAUUUGUCGAGGUGGAGAAGAGUCACCCAACUUUCUCAGCAUCUUUGGUCUCGAUGGAGCCGAGAUUAUCUUGGUCAGUUACAACGGCGCAAUAAAUGGUCCAGCUCUCAAGGUCCUGGUAUGCAGAUAGGAACAGUGGUCUUCAUCCGAGACGACAACCUCCCACCACUUCAGUGGUCAAUAGGUCGAGUCAUUGCAACCCAUGUGGGCACCGACAAUCACGUGCGUGUAGCGACCGUCAGAACGAGUCGCGGGGAUUUUAAACGCGCUGUGCGUAACUUAUGUCCGUUACCUUUUACUGGCAAUAGUUUGUAACCCAUUGCUAUAUUAUGUAUAUUAUUUAUUAUUGCAAUUUAUUUGUAUUUAUUAUUGUAAUUUAUUUGUAUCUAUAUAUUAUUAUCAUACUUGUAUUUGUUUA